CUCUCCCGCCAUUUGUGCACCUCGUUAUCACCGAGUGCGUUGUGAAAUGAGUUGAAAUUAUAAAUAUUUGGAUUGUUUAGUGUUGGAGAGGACUGCUCCAGUCACUCAUGAUCGUAGAACUUGUAUCAUAAACUGGUAAAAUGACAGAAGAGAAAUCGAGUGCAGAGGACUGCUGGACGCCGUACAAGGAGCUUCAGAGUAUUGUGGAGCAGUAUGUUUUGUUGUCAUCCAGCACUCAGGAUCCUCAGUAUCAUGAGUUCAUGGAGGCGCUCAGAAAUCACCGUCAGAAUUUCUUGACACUCAUGAAGAAUCCGCCAAAAAACGCGAAGAGUCGAGCAGAAAUCGAGAAAGGAAUAACCGAAGGGGUGACGCUGCCAGGGCUGGGCCACCGAGUGCUCCCGAAGGACCUGGUGGACGAGACGAUAAUAAUCUCCAACAUGUACGACCUGAACGAGUUCAUGGCCCUGGACUUGCUGUGCACAGCGCAGCUGCAGAUGCCGUACCACCCAGGCCUGACCCGAGGUCUCACAGCAAUUCUCCUCUACUACGACGGUUGCAAGGCGCUGACGUCGGCGCUGCGAACCCUCGUGUACGCCAGGAUAGGUCACAGCUGGGUCCUGGACACCCCCAUCACCCUCACUAAAAAGAUAACCGAGUACACAAACAAAAUGCAGGAGGACGGUUUGCUGGACCGAAUUCUCUCUCUUCUGGAGGAGCUGGACCCGACUCACGAGCAAGAUCUCCUCCAGCAGAAUCGAGCGCUGGGGGGUCCCAAGCACCACCAGAUGGUGAUGAAGCUGUUCAACGACACGAGACAGGACCUGGCAGACAUUCUGUAUCUGUGGUCAGCCCAGUCGUCCCUCCCGAUGCCCAUAACCCACCGACUGCUCUCCCUCCUCCAGCGAAAGCAACCAGAAUCAGAAUCAGGCACUGGUGGCCCUGACAAGGUCACCCUGGCCCUGAUAAUGGCCCUGCUGAACACCCUGAACCUCAGUGCCCUCCACAGCCGCGAGGACGGUGAGGAGAUCAUAAAAACCCUGUCAAUAAUUUCCCAACGAGGCGCCAUUGAGGAGCUAAUCCAAGAGCUAAUGAACAAUAAUUCAACCUGGGAGUGCCAGGGCCUCCGUGGUCUCGUCCAGUUCGCCCUGGCCCUCGCCAUCACCACCAUAAAAUCCGCCUCCAGCCUCUCCAGCCAGAACAUCACGAAUGAGGACGAAAUCCUCGUGGAGGCAGCCCUCUCCAAUCGAGUCUUCCACUUUCUCUCGAACGUCAUCUUCAAGAGUGAAGACCUCCACAACGAGGAGUUCUACGUUCGUUACUUCCACACCUUCAUCUCGGACUUCAUAACGCUGAUGCCACUGAAGAUAAAAGAGCUGAGGAGUCGUGCUGACGAGUCCAUGAGGUUCAUUGAGGCUUACCAGAGGGAGGGGGUGGAGCCACCUGGAAACCUGGACGACCACUUCGAGUACCUCCUGCUGAUGAUUGCUGAGCUGCACCACAAGGACCCCCUCAACCUCAACCUCGUGGUGGACUACUGGUGCCAGGAGACGGAGAGGACCCACGUCUCCUCUGUCCACGUGGCCAGACUGCCCUCGAGACAGGUCGCCCUCUUCAAAUUCGUGAGGCUAGCCGGGGAGAUCCUCCCAGCUGGCCUCCUGGUGCCUUACCUCAGGAUGAUAGCAUCACUGGCCUCAUCUCCACAAGCAGCAAGACACGCCUUCAACUUCCUGAAGCCCAAUGGCUCGACGGGCUCGACAAUCUCCUGGGACCACUUCUUCAAUUCCCUAUGUCUAUAUUACUACAAUCUCCGGCAGGAGUUGCCCCCUAGCCAGGACACGAUCUAUCGUCAACGAAGUCACCCCAAGGGUAUCACUCCCCAGGAGGUCAAGCGUCUCGAGGCCGUUUUAAACGUCGUCCAGGUGGUGGCGAAGUACGACGAGAUGUCGAGAAUAGCCAUCUGCGAUCAUCCAGGCUGGAAGGUCCUCCCACUGCUGAUUGGCCUGGUCGGAUGUGCCAUGCCAAUUCCCCUCAAGGGGGUGCUGGUCCGCACCCUGGCGGUUCUGUCGAAGUCCCCAGAGAGUUCGUCCAGCAUCUGGCAGAGCCUCGAAGCCGCUCAGAUCCUCUGCACAAUCCCCACGACCAGUAGCUACCAGCCUCGAGGUGUUCAAACAGAACUCGAGGAGAUUGAAUCCAGAAACGAGGAGUAUCCACUGACACGAGCAAUGCUGGAGCUGCUGGAUGCCCUGACAGACUACCCCAUCCCCAGGCUCCUGGGGGCCAGCCAGCGAAAUCCUGGCUUCGAUCCCUACCUCCACUUCAUCAUCAACACCGUUUUCCUUCGCUUCAACACGAGAUCCUACAAGAAUCCCGCGGAGAAGUGGCAGGUGGCCGACGCCUGUCUCAAGAUAUUCUACAAAUUGAUCUCGCAGUAUGAGCCGAAGGUGGAGGACUUUGCUGGCUGCAAGGUGGAGCUCCAGGGGGGCGAGUCAGUCUCUGUUAAUCCUGAGCCUGGUUAUCACAUAAUGACGCAGUUGAAUUCAAACUCAGAGCUGCUCAAUGUCAUUCUUUACAUUCUGGACGAGGGGAGACACCAUCUGGAGACGUACGAGGUGGGGAUUCCUGGGAAGGUCCACCUGGAGAACAGCACGUUGAAUUGCCUGAGGAUCCUGGAGCGUGGACUGUUGAUCGAGUACCCCUACAUGCAGAUGCAGUCGGCUGUCACGACGACCUCCAGCAAACUGAGGACCAAUUUAUCGAGGCUGCUGCUGGGGGUUAAUUCCAGGACUGGAGAGCCCGAUCAUAUGAUCAACGUCGCCUUGUACGUGUCCUACAACAACUGGCUGAGGCGGCAUGCUUUCGUGGCGAUUGGGGUUAUCCAAGGGGUUGCCAACGAGCCUGGAGCUGACUCUGAGCUCCUCUCGACGUUCACACUGAUUCCAUCACUCGCUGUGACAAUUAGACACGGUUUCGUCGAGUGUUUGGACUCUGAUGCUGACCAGAAUCGCGAGCCCGACGAGGAUGGACCCGUUGGUAACUGCAAGGAGAGGAUCUUGCUGCUGCUGAUGCAGAGCAUCAACAGGCCAGCUCCAAACCUGGCUCAUUAUCUUCUAGGCUUUGACAUCACAAAGGACAUCAGGAAGACUGUGAUACAGCAGCCUGGGAUCAGGGACUUCCCCAGGACGUGCCUCCACUCGAUUCUGGGGAUUCUGGAGCAGUCGCUGGAGAGGGGAAGGGACAAGAUCACAGAGGCCUGCUACUGGUUCCUUCACACGUUGGCAUCCAACAAUAAAACUUCAGUUCCAGUUCUGAGAUUUCUGAGAACAGCCACCAACCAGGACUUCAUCCAGAGACAUCUGUCUAAACUACCUUUCCAGGGGGAUAACAGAGCCACUGAGUUGGCUUGCAUGUCCUGGCUCCUGAAGUUAGUGGCUGUCGAGCUGCGAGUGGCUGGUGGGAGCCUCCAGCACAGUCUCGUUCAGAGGCUUGUGGGCAAUCCAAGUCAGGAUCGCGAGCAGAUUCUGCCCUCUCAGAAGCUCCUCAUGGAUCUCCUCCAUUACAUCGACUUUCAACUGCAGCUGGAGCCCACGAAAACCUGGGAGUUCUUCGAUCCUUCGCAGGUGGAGAUGGUCCUGGGGAAGUGCAGUGGGCCAGUGAUGCCUCAUGGUGGUCCACAGCUGAUUGACAUCAGGAGGCUGCAUUCGUUGAUCAUCGAGGAACUGGCGGUCACGCAGAGCAGUGCAACCGCCACUCAGAGGAAGCUCAUGCAGCAGGAGCUCCAGUCGAUCCUCGGAUAUGCAUUGAGGAGGAAUCAGACGAAGACUUUGUCCUAUGCAACGGUCAAGUUCGUUGAGGGCUGGUGUCAGGCCACUGAGAUACUCUUCUCCAUCGCCACCAAUCAGCAGCUGCCUGCCAACCAGAGGCAGAGCUUGCUGCUGAAUCUAUCCCAUGAUCUCCUGCAGAAGAUGACGUCCUGCGAGGCACUCAACGAGAUCAAGACACUUGUCUCUGGGACUGUCCUGAUACUUCUGGUUAAUCUGAAGAACACCUUUGCCAGCAAUGAGACGUCCACGUCGCCCUCCUACACGACUACCAUUAAGAUCAUUCUGGGGCACAUUCUCCAGUGGCUGCUGAACUCUGGGGCAUCCUCCCAGAAGGUUCGCACUCAUCUCUAUGGAGCACUUCUCAAUUUCCUCUGUGUCGUGGGUCUGGAGAAGUCGGAACGACCUGGAGCGGCCUCUGAUACCACUUAUGUGAGCCAGUUGGACAGCUCGUUGUACAGAACACUUCCCAUGCACGAAAAGUCACACAGAUAUGCUACGAUCCAAGUUAUCAAUGGGUUUGGGGAGAAACUGAUGGACAUUGUGUGCCACAACUGCUCGGGGGGACACGAUGUCUGCAAAAUGCUGGCGCUGUCUUGUCUGGAUAAGAUCCUGGAACUGGAUUUUGAUAAUUCUUGGAUCAUCUAUCUGUCUUCCAGGGGGUAUUUGAAACACAUGAUUGAUAGUCUUCUGGAGUCUGAUCCCUUGUUGAGGAGCAUGCUGCUGCCUGAUCCCAGUACGCUGAGGCCUCUUUAUCUUUAUGAGGCGAAAAUGGCGACUUUCUGCAGGAUGGCUUCUACGAGACUAGGUGCCGAGAAUCUCCUCGAAAACAAGAUUCUCUCCUGUCUCUCCAGCAUGUGCGUCUUCGAUCAGCACCCGGACAUUCACAUCGGCUUCGACGCCAGUGAAGUGUCCUUCCUCCCCCCAAUCGGCCAACGCUACCAGCAGAUAUUCCUACCAGCCCUGUAUCUCUGCGAUGCUCUUCUCACAACUCUCGGCACUGAGAAUCAAUCGUGCGCAGUGCAAGUGUGCGGCUUUCUCCAGAGCCAUCGGGACACUGUUGAAAUGGUCCUGAGGAAUGUCAUACCUCGUGCCAAUGCAUUAUUCCUCAAAGAAGUUGCCUGUCUCACUGGGGUGAUAGCGAGAUCAGCUAAUAUCGAUAUGUAUCAGCUUGUGGAGGACGAAUUGGGAAAGGACAUGAUCACGGAUCUGUCGCUGAUGGACAACACGGGAAUGAGGGAGCUUCGGGCUCAUCUCUAUCGUCUCCAGAAGCUCAUUGUCUCGCUUCUACCAAAAUUCGUACCGCAGCCCAUCAACAUGUACUCGAAUAAUCGUGAUGAGGAUGCUGAGCAUUAUGCAUGUGUCCAGAUCACAGCUAAUGUUCUUCUUUAUGCCAGAAAUCAGAUGCAGCACACACACAUGGACCAGAAGAUCAGAAAUCUUCUGUUCGAGCCUUAUUUGGGAAAAUCUGGGGGGAAGAGGGACACCAGUGGAGUCACUCUGGGGACUCUGGUAGAUCUCCUGGUUUCGUCAACGAGUUUAUUGCACUCAGAGAUCCCUCUUCUUGAUACGCUCAUCAAGAGGACUGCUAUGGUCAAGGAGAUGAGCACAACUGAUCUCAAGAAGUAUCUCAUUGACGAGGAGAUGGAAUUGGAUACUGGGAAACAGAGGAUUAUCGUUGAGAAGAGAUUGGAGAGACAGGCAGAUGAUAAGAGACAGAAUAUCAAGUAUUGCUCGAUGAUUGUUGAGUACAGUCUUUAUAUUCUUUGGUCACAUCUCGAUUUUUAUGCUACUAAUGCGUCGUCAAAGUACAGCAGGGCACAAGGGGGAUUGGAAGAUAAUCUUUCAGAAUUUCGAGUAUCACCAGAUACAUUGUCAGACCUGAAGCAGGGUCUAGUGAGUGUCUUCAGUGACAGUUUCAUAGCCCAAUUGCUGGACACUCAGCACGAGUAUUCGAUAAUCGAGAGGAGCUUCAUCGAGGCUCUCGUGAGGAGGAUAAAGAGACUACUACAGUUUAUAAUUAUCAAGUGAGAACAAGUGUUGUCUACGAGAUUGUAAUCUACUGCCAAUCGUGUGAGGUGUUUUUUUUAUUGAUAAAUAAAUAAAUAAUUCAG